AUGGCUCCUGGCUUUGAGGCGGCCAUGUACGUGAUCCAAGAGAUCCCCGGAAAGGGGUUCGGUCUGGUCGCCACCACGAAGAUCCCUCGAGGCACGCGGAUCCUGUCAGAAGAACCCAUCAUCACCAUCCCGGAGCACGCCCUCGACAUGGAGUACGUCAAGUCCAGCAUCGCCAAGCAGGUCGCACGCUUGAGCCGUGCCCAACGCGAAGCCUUCCUAUCGAUGCCUUCGAUCCACUCAUAUCAGACCGACGAGGAGCACUACUUGGCCAUCGUGCGCACCAUCGCCCUCCCGAUGGGCGAGAAGGAGGACGGCCAGGACGGCGGCGGCGGCAUCUUCCCCUUAGCCUGCCGCAUCAACCACGCAUGCGACAACAACGCGCAGAAGAACUGGAACAGCACCAUCAAGCGACACACGGUCCACGCGCUGCGAGACAUCGAGGCCGGCGAGGAGAUCACCAUCUUCUACCUCGGGCAGUUGACCAAGAGCGCCGAGCGCCAGGCCGCACUCCGCGCCAAGUUCGGCUUCGUCUGUGCCUGUCGCCUGUGCAGCCUGCCGCGCGCGGAAAGCGACGAGAUUGACAAGCGGCUGGACGAGAUCCAGCAACUGGAGGAGACGAUCAGCCGGAGCGCCAUGACCAUGUCGGCCCUCUCGGCGCCUCUGCGGCAGCUCCGUUAUAUGGAGCGGGAGAUCCAGCUGUACGGCGAAACGGGCCGGAUUGACAUUGGCGUCCCGCUGGCUUACUUUGAUGCUGCGCAGCUCGCGCUGGCGAAAAGUGAUCUCGCGCGGGGACAAAUCUUUCUCAAGAGGGCGCUGGAGGGUUGGACGGACGCGUUUGGAGAGGACUGUGACCAGGUUGUGCGGUAUGGCUUCCUGUUGGGUGAUCCCACGAAGAUGGAUGAUGUUCCCGUCAACUUGUCUCCAGACGCUUUUGAGAAGUGGUUGUGGAAGAGAGAAACGGGGACGCCAAACUCGGGGCCCAGGCCGCCGCAGUUCGCGAAUCUACGGGACCGCUCCGUGUUCCCGAGCUUUUCCGAGCUGCCCAACGAAGAUAGCCUCGACCUUGACUUCUACGAGAUGGUGGAUGGGUCCACGUUGCGGCCGCGGCGUCACUGGUGCUUUUUGGCCGAGAUCGUUGACAUCGGGGCCGAUGUCCGUCUCCGGUUCGCGGUCAGGGACGUGGACGGAGAGAAGAUCGAGGUCGCCUUUCACACGCUGAAGAGAGGGAUAGAAUGGAUCAAUGACGACGUCCGUGUCGGACACACGGUUGGGAUUGCGCAUGCAGAGCGCCAUGUCUUCGCGUUCUCGCCGCCUGGGAUCAGACAGGAAUAUCCCAAUACACUGAGGAUCUUUCCCGUUUCACUGCAGAGGCUGCUCCUCUUGAGUGACAGGAUCGGCGAAUAUGCAAACACGGCCGACGGCACGAGACGCUGCCAUUCUUGCGGUAAAACUGGCUCGUCGUUGAUGAAGUGCGCCCGGUGCUUGAUGUUCUGGUACUGCAACAAGGACUGCCAGAGAGUAGGCUGGAAAUACGACGGUCACAAAAAGGACUGCAAGCUGCUGCAGGACUCCAAGAUCAAGGGGCUGUUCAUGGGUAACUGGUACGAAUACAGCGGUAGAGUUGGCUUUCCUUCGGUGGUUGGCGGACAAGGAAGCUAG